AUGGCUCCGACUGCGACCACCGGCACCGACUCGACUCGCCACAUCUUCCCGUUCUUCAACAUGGCUCGAGAGCUCCGUGACGAAGUCUACGAUGCAUGUCUCGAAGAACAGGAGGCAGCUAUCUCGAUCGACUUAGCAUAUUCGUCGAUCGACUUGGCCCUCAUGGCAAGCAACAUGCCUACCACACAGCUGAAGCUGAUAUCCCGCCGCUUUCGCCAGGAGUACCAAGAGCGAUCCAACGAGCGAUCCGAUUUGAGGCUACAAGAGAUCAUGAGCAUGCAGGUCGUUGGCUUGCGCAGAGACUGCUUACCAGCUCAGCUAACCCACAUCCGUGCCGUGCGCCUCGACCUUUUGGGCUUCUCGUCCUUCCACUAUGGUGACGGAGUGUUACGGUGUGCAUACCGCGACUGGACCACAGCUCUGUUCAAGCAUCUGCCAAAGCUGCAGUCCUUGUCGAUCAGGAUCAACCUGCUGGAGCACCACCUUCCCUCAGUCGAGCUGAUGCACGCAGAGCUUACGAAGGGCCGAUGGGCAGAACUGCCAUUUCUCAAGGGUCUAUGUGUCUACGUUGGGAUCCCGGGUAACUUUUGUGACUUCAACCGCCAUGAUGGCUUGGUCCUGCAGCUGUCGAAGGACACCGGCAAGAUCGAGAUGGUGAAAGAAGCAGAGCAAAACAUGAAGAAGGCACAGGAAGAAUCCCAACUUGAGCGUGCUCUGUGGUGA